GAUCAUCUGAGACUUUGGUUUGUAAAGGAUUGGAAACUGGUAAAAACUCAAGAACCUGAUAAAAUGAUUGGAACACAAGCUCUACUUUUAACCGUUUUCGUUGCCGCGACGUUGGCAGCUAUUCCUAACCAAAUUACUGUUCAUAAUCAUGUUGACCCCUGUCCUGGAGGCAAUUACCCCACCAUCAAGACUUUCCCAGCCAACGAAGCCCAGCAAAAUCUCAACAAAGGUCAGUCUGCUACUUACAAUGGAGGAGCAGUGAGCCCUCACGUGGGUUUUGGAAUACAAGAGAACGGGCAGUAUUGUCGCAACGGAGCAAAUCCUGCUGGCUGCUGGAAUCCAGAUAAUGCUGGUCUGCAAGUUGUAUGGAAUAGUAAUAACUGCGGGGCCAUCUCCACGAAUGGUCCAUUCUACUGCGGGAACAACGCACCGGACGCUCGGGAAAUCGUCAACGUUGCCGCCUCGGGAAACUGGCCAAACUGCGUUCUGACCCUCACCCGUAAGGGUGGAGCCCGCGGAUGUCAAUACAAAUGCUAACCAGGUGCUUUACAUCGGGGCUCAUGGAUUUUAAUGAAUGAAACUUCAACGUACACACGGGCUACCCUAUCACAAAAACCAGGACCAGCAGGGCAAAACCAACACAACUAAUUUGGCUUCGGCUUCUCAACUUCCGGAGAGAUCAUCUGUAAAGCGGUUGAUCCCAACAAACAAAAGGAUAAAGACUUUUUUUUGUUUUGUUUUUUAGAAGACUUCCGCUCCAGAGGAGAGCCUUUGAAAAAUAAAAUCUCAUACCAAAUAAAGUCUUAUACUUUGACCCAAAAAAAUUGAAAUUUAGUUUAUUAUUGUCCGUUUUGACCCGGGACACUUUGAAUACCGUUGAACUACCACCAUAUAGUUAUUGUGAAAGCUUACUUUUGGAUGUGUAAUUUUUCGGCAUACUUAAAAUUUACUUUGUUCAUUUAAACUCCAUUUUCAAAAAUUAUCAGCAUUAAAAACUUAUUAAAGAGAUAA